UACAGGGGACUCAUAUAUUGAUGUGUAUCAUAAAAAGAAAGGGAAGAAAAGAAAUGGAAGCUUCCUUUGCUAUAAUUGCUUUUUGUUUGUUGCUAAGAAACACAUUCGCAAUGGCUAAAAGUGAUUAUUAUAUGGAUUCCUCCCUUGAUUGUGGCUAUAUAGGAUUCCAGGAGAUAGGGAGAGGUCAGUCAGUCACUGUCCAUGCUAAGACAAGGGAUGCAUCCUCAUCUACUCAAACUGGGUGUACAAUAAGUUUUCAAACAGCUGACAAUAAUGCCACAAUAAGAGUUGACUUUGAAAGCUUUAUUGUCAAUGAUUGUGAUGUGAAACUGUAUCUAUCUGGAGAUGGAGGUGGUGAAAUGACCACAUACAGCUGUGGUGAUAAUCCAUCUGUGUAUACUACUUACCGAAGAAGUGUGACUUUGACACUAUAUAGGAGUACUGUAAAUACCAAUGAUUAUGGUUUCCAGCUUAAAAUAACAGCCGUCAGAGAUGAACAAUAUACAUUGCCCACUACCAGUGAAAGUGACAUAAUGACAACAACUGUCUAUGAAAGGUAUCCUUUGCCCACUAGCAGUAAUAGUAACAUAAUGACGACUAAGAGUGUCUAUUAUAUGGAUUCUUCCCUUGAUUGUGGCUAUAUAGGUGUACAGUUUAUUGGGAGAGGUCAGUCAAUAACUGUCCGUGCCAAGACAAAGGAUGCAUCCACAUCUACUCAAACUGGAUGUACAAUAAAUUUUCAAACGGCUGACAAUGAUGCCACUAUAAGAGUUGACUUUGAAAGUUUUAUUGUCAAUGAUUGUGAUGUGAAACUGUAUCUAUCUGGAGAUGCGGGUGGUGAAAUGACCAAAUACAGUUGUGGUGAUAAUCCCUCUUUGUAUACAGCUGACCAAAGAAGUGUGACCUUGACACUACAUAGGACCACUGUAAAUACCAAUGAUUAUGGCUUCCAGCUCAAAAUAACAGCGGUCAGAGAUGAACGUUAUCCACUGCCGUCAGACUCUAAUCCUGUAGCUGUAGGAAUGGUUAUAGGUAUCGUUGGUUCUAUAUUUGGAGUCAUUUUGAUCGCAUCAUGUGUAGGCAUCUGCUGCUUUAGGAAAUAUCGUGCUAAUCGUCAGCCAUUCAUUAUGCACAAGUCAAGGGAAGAGUUUGAAAAUCAGUCAAACAGUGUAAGUGUUGGAUAUACUAAUGAAAGUAUGAAGGGAUCACCUAUGUCAAAGAAAAAAUUAUUAGCUCCUUCUGAUAGUAGUGAUGAGAAAACUGACUCAAGUAGAAAAAACGGGCAUACAGGAUUUGGACGGAAUAAAAGUUCAUCUGAUAUUCCGGUUGCUCCUCCUCCCCCUAGACCGGACAUUUUAAUGAACACCGGAAACAAAAGUGAUUUUAGGGGAAAUAAUUAUGAACCGAAUAAGGAAAAGACUACUGAAGGUAGACAGAAUAAUUCUGUGUUGAAUGCUCUGCACUCAAAUCCUAAAUUCAGAAACUCAUUCAAAGAAAAUGAAAGAGACGCUACUGAGAGAGCCAAAAGAAUUUCUUCGACAUCUUCAUUUGAGCGAUUUGGGAAUGCGCCCACUCCUCCAUCAUCACAAGAAAAUAUUUCACGCCCAUCUAUGCAACCUGUUCCUGCAUCGCGAUCCCCAAAGAGAGAAAAGAAACAAAAACUUGCCGCUAUCGGUCGACAACCAAGGAGUUCAUCAUUUUCAUCAGACGAACUUGGUGAGAUAGAUCGUAGACGUAUGAACGAUGAUAACAGUACUGCUUCAUCUACGGAAGUAGCUGUCCCAAAAAGUGGCGGAGAGAAAAAGAAAACGGAUACAACACAUUCUCUGAGGCCUGACAGGAAAGGUCCAAAAGGUCGUAAGAAACAAACACAGUCAGUUUCAAGUACGUUGGACCCUGAGCUGAAGGCGAGUCCGAGGUCUGGGAGGGAUAGGAUAGCGUCCGCCGGACAGAUGCUAGAUAAUGAGCCUGCUCCAAGGAAUCAAAGAGACAGAUUCCUGGAAAAUAACAGAGACCAGAAUGAUCCAUUUGAAAAAAUGGGUUCUGGCAGAUAUAGUAAGAGGCCAAAUGGAAGAAAAUCACCAAGAGUGCCAGGGAAAAGUUCAGGUCGAGGAUUUAGCCAUCGGAGGGGGCGGAGUGCAGAUCAUCUUGACUCACGCCCAACAACACCCUCUAUGUAUGGUUCAUUUGAAGAUCUUGAUCUACCAAGUAAUUUGAAAAGGUCUACAUCAAAGACGUCUCUUUACUCUUCACGAUCUUCACUGUAUGAUAGAAGACGGAGAAGAAAAGGCUCAAACUGCUCAUACGCGGAAUCGGUAGCAUCACAUGUUAGAGAUGACAUUUCUAUUGGUCGCCAUACAAGAGGCUAUGAUGAUGAAUUUUAUUCUGAUGAAAGUGAUUUUGAUGGUUAUGAGAAACCACUGUCUCGGAGAGAUCGUGACCGAAUGUAUAGAUCUGAGAAUGAUCUUGGUCGUCGUGUUAAGGAAAUAGCGACACAAACCCUGCGUGAAACAGCAACGCAGACUGGAAUUGAAGAUUCUGUUAUUUUCGAAUCUAAACGUUUGGUGAAAAAGAAAAGGAGAUCAAAAAGUUUGUCUUCAUCAGCUACACAGACUGCUAAGAAAGAGAAAAAGAAGAAGACAAAGUCAACUGAGAAGUUGGAUGAAGUAGGGAAGGAGAAAGGGAAAACUGGAACAAAACGCUCAAAAAGUGUGCCUGAUAUGCUACAUACAGAGGAGUUGGAAAAGCCCAAACCUAAACCAAAACCCAGACCCAGGAAAUCUACCAGUGCAGCUACAAAUCUUGAUGAAACUGUUACCAGUGGUUCAACAGAAAACCUGGCUGAUCCUAAAAACCCAUACUACCCACAAUCAGAGGGCUUUGCUCCUCAUCCAUACCCUCCUCAGCCAGGAUAUCCCAUGAUGGCUCAACCUGGUUACCCCAUGCAGCCAGGAGUGCCUGCAGGAUACCAAUACCCUAUGCAAGGUGUACCACAGGGUUACCAAGGAUAUCCUGCCCCAUCACAGCAGCAGCUUCCACCUCAGCAAAUGAUGCCACCACGGCCUCCACCGAAUCAAGCAGCGCCUAGACAACCGAGAAAGUCAAACUGGGAAAAAUUAUGUGAAAUGACAGAUGGUGAGUAUAAAAGAGACGAUGAAACAGAGACUGGUUCCAUCGCUAGCUCAGUGUUCACAAACAAUCCUGCUAGUAUGCAAGGAAACGGACCUUCUUUUCAGCCUCCAGCAUAUAACAUGCACCAGUUCUACCGACCUAUACAACCGGUUAUAAAUCAGAUGCAAGCUCCGCCCCCACAAACAAACAGCGUAGACAGUUAUGAAAAUGCUGUAAAUGGUGGGCAACCUCAAGACUAUGAAAAUGCAAAUUUCAGACCUGUGAACAUACCAGCUGGUCGACAGGACAAUGCUAUGAGAAAACAGUCAUCCUGGGAUCAGCUUAAAACCAUGACAGAACCAGCAAAACCAGCCCCAACACAAGCUCAGCAAGUGAAAAAUAACAGAACUGAAAGUGUUGUCUAGUGUAAAUAAUAUUUUCUGAGUGAAAGCAAUGUACAUAAGGUGAAAAAUCAAUUCUUUGAUUAAAAUUUAGGGAAUCAGUGCUGUAUUUAAUUUUUAAUAAUUUAAGAUUAAAUUAUUUUUGAAUAACUAGUUAGAGAAAUGAUUUUGUACAAAUUACUGUGUUAUGAUUUGCUAUAAGCUAUUGUUACAACCUUUUUUUGCAGACUUCAUGUUUAAUAUAUACAAAAGAGGUUUGAUCAAUAUUAGUAUUGAGAUUUUAUUGACUGAUAGCUUAGU